AUGUCCGCUAGUCCUGUAUCUCAGGUAUUCUCACCAAGCAACAAUGGGGUCAGUGUGUUCCGUAGAAAGAAGGAGAAGAGAGGUAUUACUUUCUCGAUGAUGUUGGUUGGUGCUUCUGGUACUGGUAAGACCACUUUCGCUAACAAUUUAUUGGAAUCUACCAUUUUCCCUCAUAGAUAUCAACAAGAUGUUCCAGCUAGCACGAAUAACGAGAAUGUUAAGAUUAUCCAACCAACUAAGGUUGUCACGUUCAAUUCGAUGAACGGUAUUCCCAGCUACAUGUCGGCAUUUGAUCCAGCCUCGCCGUUUUUGGAACCAGGUAUCACUGUGACGUCUACUGCCCUGGAGAUCACGACGAAAUCUAGUGAGGAUAUCGAUAGCGCUACCCCUGAAAAGAUCAAUUUCUUUCUCACCGACACCCUGGGACUGGGUGAAAACUUAAAUAAUGGGAUCUGUUUCGAUGAGAUUGCUUCAUAUUUGGAGCAACAAUUUGAUUCGGUACUCGCUGAGGAGACCAGAAUCAAGAGAAAUCCAAGGUUCCAGGAUACAAGAGUUCAUGUCGCGUUAUACUUUAUUGAACCCACGGGACAUGGGUUACGUGAAUUGGAUGUUGAAAUUAUGAAGAGACUAUCCCGCUACACAAAUGUUCUACCAAUUGUCGCUAGAGCAGAUUCGUUCACACCUGAUGAAUUGACUAGGUUCAAGAAGAGAAUUAUGGAAGACAUUGAUAGAUUUAACGUUCCUAUCUACAAAUUCGAAGUUGACGAAAAUGAGGAUGAUCUAGAAACAAUUGAAGAGAACAAGGCAUUAGCGAGACUUCAGCCGUUUGCUAUUAUCUGCGCCGACCAACGCGAUAAUGCUACCGGUAAAUACUAUCGUGAGUAUCCAUGGGGUAAAAUUGACAUCGAUAAUGAAAACAUUUCGGACUUGAAAUUGUUGAAAAGGGUUCUCUUCGGGUCCCAUUUGCAAGAGUUUAAGGACACGACACAAAAUCUGUUGUAUGAAAACUACCGUGCUGAGAAAUUGGCGUCUGUGCCAGCCUGGGACAUUGAAAACAACGAAGUUAUAGAUACUUCUAUCAAUGACGAAAACAAUGAGGGUAAUUCUUCAGGGUUGAUGAAAGGGUUGACUAGAAACAGUACAGCUCCAUCCUUGUCAAAUUUCGCCUCUCUAAUAAAUACAGGAAAGUUUAAGUCUCAACAAUCACUUGCAAUUCCACCUCAAUCUGAAACCCCAUCUACACCACGUCUAACCGGGGUAGAUGAAGGAGAUGAGUCUCGCGCUUCAAUCUCUGCCAGUUCACAGAAAUCUACUCCUGCCAAUAUUCAAACUUCUCCAGAAAGAACAAAGUUACGGAAUAUUUCCGAAAAUAUCCCAUACAUGCUUCAGCACGAGCGCAUAGUAGCAAGGAAACAAAAGCUUGAAGAAUUGGAGGCACAAUCUGCCAAAGAGUUACAAAAGAGAAUUCAAGAACUUGAAAGAAAGGCUAUUGAAUUGAAGAUGAAGGAAAAGCUACUAAGACAAAACUCACAUAGUCAAUCUCAAGAAUCUAUCCAGACUAAUACAACUAAACAAAAUUCAACUUCUGGAGGUGCUUACAUUAAGAAAGAGGAAACCUAUAACGAUUUAGCUUCGAUAAUCAGCAAAAAAGAAUGA